AAUUUUCAAUUGUUCAAUCAUUUUCUAAACUAGUCUCAAAUUGGAAUUGGAAUUGGAAUGUCACAAACAAAUUCCAAUUCCGACGCACAAUUAACCGUACCAGAACGUGCUUUCUCCGCCGCCGGCGCCGCUUUCAUUUCCGCCGUCAUCGUUAAUCCCCUCGAUGUCGCCAAGACAAGACUUCAAGCGCAAGCUGCCGGAGUUCCCUAUCAUGAAGUUUAUCAUCGAAUGCCAUCUUUUCAAACUAACACCAUGCUACACAAUUCUAUCAAAUGCACAACUACGCCACUACCAUAUAAAGGGACGCUAGAUGUACUCUACAAAGUUAUUCGUCAGGAAGGGUUUACCAGAUUGUGGAGAGGCACAAAUGCUAGUUUGACAUUGGCCAUGCCAAGUGUUGGAAUUUAUAUGCCUUGUUACGAUAUCUUCCGCAACUUUAUGGAGGAGUAUACAACUCAAAAUGCUCCAAAUUUAACGCCUUAUGUUCCAUUAGUAGCAGGAUCGCUUGCACGGUCAUUGGCUUGCAUUUCUUGUUAUCCUGUAGAACUUGCAAGGACUCGCAUGCAGGCAUUUAGAGUAACACAAGGUGACAAACCUCCAGGUAUAUGGAAGACGUUGCUUGAAGUUAUCAACCCAGACCAGGGAACAAGUUUUCUUCGAAACCUACACAGGUAUCGUUUUUGGUGGACGGGGCUUGGAGCACAGCUUUCUAGGGAUGUUCCAUACUCUGCAAUUUGCUGGUCAACCCUUGAGCCGAUAAGAAAAAAAAUUAUUGUACUAGUGGGUGAAGAACCAAGUGCCACAACUAUCCUUGGGGCAAAUUUUUCUGCUGGUUUUGUAGCAGGAACUUUAGCAUCUGCUGCCACAUGUCCACUUGAUGUGGCAAAAACUCGACGACAGAUUGAGAAGGAUCCUGAAAGGGCAUUAAAGAUGACUACAAGAACAACAUUGCUGGAAAUUUGGAGGGAUGGAGGAUUGAGGGGGUUAUUUACCGGUGUUGCUCCCCGUGUAGGUCGUGCUGGUCCAUCUGUUGGCAUAGUUGUCUCCUUUUAUGAAGUUGUCAAGUAUGCCUUAAAUCAUAGACAUUCAACUUCAUCAUAGAAGAUACUAUGCAUUCAUCAUCCAGCCUGUUUGCUGGAGGUCUUCUAAUUCCAUGUUUAAAGUUAGGUUAAUAAUUGAUUGCAUCAAAGACACUAGUCUCAGCCUCAGAAUACGUUCCUGACAUCGCAAGAAGUCGGAACUCGAGAUGCAACAAAACACUUGGCAAUGGCCCAAUGGGCAUCUACUAAUGAUCAAGUUUCCCUUUGGAUAGGCUAGUGUCAAGUUUCAUCAUUACAUUUACAACCUUAUAAGUUAUAAGUAAAAGUUAGUUAGUGCCAUCAUACGAAUUGAGACAGUUGGCUCCAAAACAGCAAGAUUAUAAGCUUGUGCAGAUAAAAUGUUAUUUCCAGUA